GAUGAGCAGAAUCGAAGGAGUAGCGGAAGGAUACAGGAAUACAGCGCCAUCUCCGUCAACAGCACCCACAAUGCCAUGCCCUCGCGGACGUCGUUCGGCGCUCUCUGAGAGGGCGAAGAAGCCCGCGAAUGGGCGGCGGCGGCCUCGUGACCGGUGUCGAUGACGGUCGAUGGACGGCGUAGUGCGCCGUCGAAGCCUCCUCCGCUCCUCGGGACCCAAUCUCCGCGCUCUUGUGGCCAGUUCUCGCAGCUUCGACGCGCACGAACCCAUUUACCACACUUGGGUGGCCACCUUCUAUGCCCUCAAUGUCCUGCGGAGCUUCGUCGCCGUACACGCUCCGUCUGCACCACGGUCGAAGAACGGCGUCGAAUGGCGGCGCUGACGACGCCAAGGUCAGCCCUCAACGGCGAACGUGCGGGCUUGACAAGGCAUCCAAAGGCGCUUUUGAGGAUCACGAUCGCCAAGGCUGCCCUAGCACUCCGGUUGUUGGUCCACCUUGUUCAUGAACACUGCGCUAGAGAUCUCAUCUCGGCGAUCAUCAUUGGGUAUCCUCGGUACUCCUCGAUGAAGUGGCUAUGGGUACUAAAGCCCCUCGAUCAAGCGGCUCGCCAAGGCCGCGCUAACACGGCUGUUCGUCAAGGAAGGGCACGAUCGGGUCACGAUACGCCUCAGUAGUCGUCGGCGAAGGACGCGGUACUCAGCGUUCGUCAAGGAAGGCCGCAGCAUCAUCUGAGACACCUCAACGCUGGCUGGUCCUCGCACUUUGACGGCGUGCGUGAGCUGGGAUACGAGAAGCGCUCCACAUGGUGGACUCCGCCGUUGUGUUGCGCCAGACAACCUACAGACUAGUACUAGAAGUGCGCUUGCUGUGGCUGCUACUAGCAUCGGGCGCUCAUAAGUCACCGUACGGUUUCGCAUCUUCAAGUUUCCGGCCCGUAGAAACCACUAACGACUCCGUAUCUUCAGAUAUUCAAUUAUGAAUAUACCAGCUUGGUCGUCUACUCUACCAGUAUCGUCGGCUUCAGCCACC